UUUCUCCCAACUACCAUCUGCGACAUGCCAAAGCUCGAGGCCCCAGAUGUCAUUGUCGACGUUGAUGACAACGAAGACGAUAACAAGCAACUUCCGGGCCCGGAACUACCAAAAUUACUCCUUGAAUCUCUCAAGAUUCCAUCCGACACCUCUGUUUCCACUCUGCUUGACAUCCCGAGAAAAGACUUACCCACACGUCCCAACAGUCGAAAGUAUUUCCUUGAAACGGUGGAUUGGUUCACGAACGAACAGUACCAUAGACGAGCAGAUUUCAUCGCUCGUGAUUCCUUCCGUUGCAUUUCGGUUCAGCUGUACGAUGACUGCGUUGGUGGAAAUAUAGAUUGAACCGAAUACUAGUGAGAGACAGACAAAGAAAAUUAGACAGUGACUCAGUAUCGUAGGUGUGUUGUAGACUCGUAAUACUCAUUUACUGGCUUUCUCCC